AUUUAACAAGAAAUAAUCAGAGAGAGAGAGAGAAAGAGUUCAGUUAGCAAACAAGAAAAAUACACACAGUUGGAUCAUUUGUUGUAGUUAUAAAGUCAGUGUAAACAGCACACACAACUAACAACUCGAUUUUAGUUUUUGAGUAAUAGAUUUACAUACUAAAUAAAGACAAAUUUUGGGUAGAAAUCUCAAAAGAUUUUAAUUCCUAAUGUGUUAAUCUAUCUCAAAUUGAUUUGGAGUGUUGUCUCAAAUGGUUUUUGGUUAUGGAAAUUAACCAAAUUUAGUUUAGUUUCUUGAAACUGUCCACCUCCCUAAGUCCCAAAACACCCACCAAUUUUGAACCUUCUUUCAACAGAAAAAUUGAAAGAAAAAAAAUUCUCACCAUUGCCAACUUGUUUUUCCUCAACUGUAACUCAACUUCAAUCAUGGCUUCUUCUUCUUCUUCUUCUUCUUCUUCUUCUUCUUCUUCUUCUUCUUCCUCUUCUUCCUCUACUUUAAUCCCACUUCUCUUCCAACCCAUUUCCCCUUCACAUCCACCACCAUGGAAGACGAAGCUUCCUCCAGUUUACUUUCACAUAUCAAGAAUCCUAUCCUAACAGAGGAAGUUUCAGAUUCUAAUUUCACAUAUUAUGCCAUACCUGAAGCCAAGCGCCCGAGAUUGGACAAUGAUCUUAAUGAUGUUAUAGCCGUCGGAAAAUUCAAAGGCGUUGUACCGCAACAGAAUGGGCGUUGGGGAGCACAAAUCUACGCGAAUCAUCAGAGGAUUUGGCUUGGUACCUUCAAAACAGAGAAAGACGCUGCUAUGGCUUAUGAUAGCGCCGCUAUCAAGCUUCGAACUAGAGAUUCUCACCGGAAUUUCCCUUGGACUCGUCGAACAAUCGAGGAACCUAAUUUUCAAGUCAAAUUCUCUACAGAUGCCGUUUUGAGUAUGAUCAAAGACGGAUCGUAUUACUCCAAAUUUUCCGCUUAUUUACGAACACGAUCACAAAUUCACGACACGAAUUUACAGAAUCCUAAAAAACUCGACAAUGGCGAUGGCGAUAGCCUUUUCUCUUGUAGUCAUCUAUUCCAGAAGGAAUUAACACCGAGCGAUGUUGGGAAGUUGAAUCGACUCGUAAUCCCUAAAAAAUACGCUGUGAAACAUUUCCCGUACAUCAGCGAAAGCGCAGAGGUGAACGGCGACGAUAUCGAAAUCGUGUUCUACGAUACGUCGAUGAAGACAUGGAAGUUCCGAUACUGUUAUUGGAGGAGUAGCCAGAGUUUCGUGUUUACUAGAGGGUGGAAUCGCUUCGUGAAGGAGAAGAAACUAAAGGCCAACGACAUUAUCACGUUUUACACAUACGAGAGCUGUGGAAGAGAUGAGAAUGGCGGAUCAUUGAACUUCAUUGACGUAAUCUACAAGAAAUCGGAGGAUGAUCAGAGCGAAAGUAGUUGCUUAGCGGCGGAGAAAGAGAGUGUCAAGAAUGAGAAAAUAUUGGAGAGGGAAGAAUUAAGGCAAAAUCAGGAGAAGGAUUAUGAGAAGAUGAAGAAGAAGGAAAUUUUGAGCUUUGAAUUGAAUCGUAAUGAUAAGAAAGUUGGGGAAAAGCGAGUCAGACUAUUUGGAGUGCAUAUUAAUUGA